UCUGAGCAUCUCAUCGCUCAGUUACACUAUACUAUACUAUACCGAAAACGUGAUUUAAAAAAAAAAAAUGAAGAAUAAUUUUAUUAUUUAUUUAGGAAUAAUUCUAGUCGUUCAGCCCUGCUUAACAACGCCAGUACCGAAGAGUGUUGAUUUCACAUCGGCGGACGACGAACAAUUAAAUGAACAUAACAAGUUGUAUAAGCAAGUUUUAAACAAUUUCAUCGAUUUUACAUUGAAGAGCAGUGAAGAGUUCUUGGACUUCACUAUGAAAAUUCAAGAAGAGAUAAAGCGAAACAAUGAUUUCCCCGAUAGGGAGCUUCCCAAUAGACGCCACGAGAAGUUCGCUAAAGAUUUGGCAAAUAUAAAGAGUUCCGAAAGUGAGCAAACUUUAUUAAAUAUGUAUAGAUUGACGGAAGAUAUACUGAGUGCUGAUAGGGAAGUUAGCGUUAAAAUCAUUCAUUCUGACGAAGCGGAAAAUUUGAUUGAGAAAUAUAAAAUUCGUGAAUUUAUGGAUAAAAUUCGUGGACGUUAUAUGGAAUUUUAUGAAAACGUUUCAAAUUCAAUCGAACUUUAUGCGAACGAAUUGAGCAAAACGCAAAAGCAAGAUCAACAAAAAUUAUUCGAUUGGAACGAGGAUUUCAGCGAAAUAAAAGAUUUUCACUCAAAAACCGAUCAAUUUAUGCUCUUCUUUGAAUAUUUUAAGCCAUGUUGUGACGAGGAAUAGAUUCCCAUUAACGGAAUAAUUAAUAAAAAUAUUUAAUUGUUUUUCGUUUAUUUUUAAACAAACCUUA